AUGUACACGGUGCGCGGGUGUGCAACAGCGAAAGGCCAGCGAGAGAGGCAGAGGAGCCUAGUAAUUGUGUUGAAUACUAAAGAUUCCCUAGAAUGUGCUUCAGUUAUCAUCCCGUCGUCGUUAGUGGAUAUACGCCCGCACGUGAGGAUCGCCGCCCCACGCCGUUGUGAGGGCAGGACAUCUUGCUCACGGCGGGUCACGUCUGCGAGAGCCGUGGCGACGCGGAGGGAAUUUGAUGCUCGUCGCUCGGCGCCUCAGCCGAACACGCGGAUGUACACGGUGCGCGGGUGUGCAACAGCGAAAGGCCAGCGAGAGAGGCAGAGGAGGAGGGAGUCCGACUCCCAACCCAGUCGUUCAUUGCCCUGUGUGCCGGAGAUCGAUGCAGGUAUAACACCCCCAAAUUAUACAAAUGAACUUGGUGGGGCCGUCGACAGGUGUUACGGAAGCAGAGAGAAGGAUGAGGCACGGCGAAUGGAUGAAAAGGACAAUGAGAGCAUAGAAACAAUCACCAAUCGUUACUUGAGCUGCAUCAAGUUUUUUGCUCUUGAAGGUAUCCCACAGAAAUGGCUGGAGUCUGUUGGAGAUGGCCAUGGCUUCUCCCUGGAGAUGGUGACCAUCACUACGGCCCGACCAAUAGUAGGUAUAGCCAUCUACACUAAUCGUGCCGCUGCCAGAUUGCCUUCCUGUCCCACAGGGAUGAUGACGCUGGAACAAGAACGCGAGGACCCUAAGGGGGCCGCCGGAGGAGAGACGAGCCACCCGGACCCCCGGCCCGGGCCCCAGAGCUUCCAGCCCUCCCAGCCCUCCCACCACGCCCGCCUGACCAACCCUCGCGUCCCGUCGAGCCUCAUGAAGCCCGGUCAGAAUCCACGGCGGCCUAGAACUCCCGUGAGACAGCACCAGGUGGACUCCCCUUCGUCUGCCCCAGAAGUUCGCCCAAGUUCGCUCCAGGGUCAGCAGCAACAGCAGAUUCCUUUUCCAUCACUGGCAGAAAAAAGACCAUUAAAUCAAAGCAAAAAAAACUUUUUGGCACAAAUAGCAGUCCCGGGGCAGGGGCCUGCGAGAUCAGCGCAAGAGCAGGCGCACAGGACCGUGCUGUGUCAGGGCAGAAAAAAAUCCCUAGGCUCAAUAUUCACGCCGAAGGUGACGGGAGACGCGACUGGGAGACGAGGCAGCGAAACGGGCCUGGGUCAGAAACUGAAAAAGAUGGCAUGCGAGGUUGUUGUCCCGCCCCUCCCACCACCCCCGGACCCAAGGGUCCAGGCGCGCGUGCCGCCGCAGCCGGUCAGUCUGGAAAGCAUCGAAAGUGUCAAUCUGAUGGAUCUCUCGAGUGACACGGAAAAGGACUUCGAUGGCGUACUUUUAGAACACAAACCUUUGAGCGACGCAGCUCCAUGUGUCAUGAACAUGGAGCUUAGCGCCAUAUCAGCUCCUUGUCGGGUAACCUGCUCCCCCCUCGCCUCCCCCUUGUGGGCAGCAAACACAGUAAGCUCAACGCUCACAGCAUCAACAUCCUCUUCCUCCACUGCCGUUCCGUCGCGCUCUUCACGAAGAAAAUCCUCAACCCUGCUAUCUCCCGUCCCCGUGGGAGUGUCCACCAAGGGCACACUCAGCUCAACGGACGCAGCGCCGUUCACAGAGCCACCGGCCGCCGACAUGUCCCUCGUCGGUCCCCUGAACACGGCAGACACAGUGCCGCUCUUGUGUCCGUCGGCGUCCACGGACAGCACACAGACGGAGGAGGAGUUCAGCACCAGCAUCAUGCCAGACAUAUCUCUCAUUAAAAGAUCCUCUCUGAUCACAUCGCACACCACAGCUUCUGGUGCUUCCAUCAGUCCAUCUGUAACUCUGCCUCCUCCAGCCAUUUCUGCGGCUCUUCCAUCAGGAGAACCGCUGGAGAGUUUCCUGCCUCCCGUCCCGAGCGCGGUGGAGUCUCCCGCCCAAUGCCCUGGCGAUGCUUCGGCGAAACCAAGCAUAGCGUCGCCUGCGCCCCUGUCGACCCCCGACCUCAGAAUCGACAUAUUCGAGGCGGACUAUCCGAGCGACGGAUGGCUGCCGGGAGGAGCGGAUGGAGCUAUGGAGGUCGGCUCACCUCCCGCCGCCUCCGCUGGCUUCCCGGCCAUCACGCCGGAGGACUUGACGCCCGCUGAGCUGCAUGAGUUCGACAUGAAAUACGGGUCCCCUCAUCAUGCUCAUUCGCGCUCCAUCAAGUCCUUGGCGAGGCCCACGCUCCUCGCCCUGCCGCCGGAGAAGCCGAGAUUUGUGGCGCUUCCCUUCAACGGGGACGAGGACGAGGACGACGACUACUACCGCCUCAGGCACUUCUCCAUCACCGGGCGCCGCAUCGUCAACCGAGGCGACUCUUUCAAGUCUCGAAGGACGCGCUCCAAUACCAGUGUGGCGUCGGACGCAUCGAGUUUUCUUAUAUUGGAGAUUCGCGAUCUUUGCAAAAUUUCAUACUAUAAUUUACUAAUACGUGUUCUGAUGACGGGCGGAAACAGAAUUGUGACGUCAUUAGAGGGCGGGGCCAACCUUGUGACGUCCCUGGUAGGCGGGGCCAACCUAAUGGCGACACUGGAAGGGGCGUGUCGCACUCUCGCUCCAGGCCUCCCCCCAGCCAUCACCCUCUCCUGUGACGACGUGUCGUGCAUAUCUUCCAAAGGGCCUCUUCCACUCACACAUGGUUGUCUCGUGAAGACACAUGCAUAA